AUGCAUAAAAUUUUGGAGUUUCAAGCUGUAGUUUUAGCAGCAGGAAGAGGUUCUCGACUUCCAGAUGUAGGUGGAACGUUCUCAAAAUGUCUUCUUCCUAUAGGUCCAUAUCCACUACUAUGGUAUUCAUUGAAUAUGCUUGAGAAAGUUGGGUUUCAAGAAACUAUGGUCUUGGUACUUGAUGAUGACAAAUCAAGCAUUUUGAGUGCAUUGGAAAAAUGUCCACUAAAAAUAAAGUAUGAAUUGAUUGUUAUACCCUCUGAAGAGGAUUGGGGUACUGCAAAUUCUCUCAAACACAUUAGUAGCAGGGUAACAACAGACUUAGUUGUAGUUUCUGGAGAUUUGAUAUCAAACAUCAAUCUAAAUGAUGUUUUGAACCUUUACAGAAAGCAUGAUGCGGUACUUGCUUCUCUUUUCUUUAAUAAUGGUCCUGAAGAAUGGAUAGAACUUCCAGGACUUAAAACAAAAGCGAAGCCAGAUCGUGAUUUAGUGUGCUUAGACAAGGAGACGGAAAGAUUAUGUUGUCUAGCCAGUGCUAGUGAUUUUGAAGAAAACGUAACACUUCCUAGAUUACUAUUAAAGAAAUUUAACACUUUAAGUAUGUACAGCAGAUUAUUAGAUGCUCAUGUGUAUAUUAUGAAGCAUUGGGUUGUCAAUUACCUUGUCGACAUGGAUAAGUUUACAUCAAUUAAAGGAGAACUAAUUCCUCAUUUAGUAAAGAAACAGUUAUCAAAGCCCAAAAAUGCUUUAGAAAAAAAAGGGAUGUCAGAAAAAAAUAUGGAUAUAAAUAAGGAUAUUUUCGACUAUGCACUUGGGAAUGGCUAUGAAAAACAGAUUCGUGAGAUGUCAGCAUAUAAUGAUCAUAAACUUGGCAAUAAAGGUGUUUACUCUGGUGACAUUCUGAGGUGCUAUGCACAUAUACCAGAUAAAAAUACUUUUGGAAUGAGAAUAAAUACCUUAUCUGCUUUUUAUUUGUCUAAUAACAAGAUUCUAUCAAAGUGGGAAGAAAUAACCGGAUUGCCUCUUAAUGAAAAAAUACACCCGAAUAGUGAAGUUAAAACAAAACAAAUAGAUGAAAACACAACAGUUGGUGAAAAAAGCAUAUUGAGCGAGAAAACAUCUAUAAAAUGCACAUUUAUUGGUUCAAAUUGUACUAUAGAAAACAAAGUUAGGCUUACAAACUGCAUUUUGAUGAACAAUGUGACGAUUAAAGAAGGGUGUGUACUGCAAGAUUGUAUAUUAUACACUGGAGCUACAGUAGAUACAAAUUGUGCAUUGCAUUACUGUAUUGUUGGACCCCAUCAUGUUGUACCACCUACCACUAAGGGCAACCAUCAACUGCUGGCAGAAACCACAGAUAAUAUGAUAACACUUGGCUAA